ACACACUCUCUCUCUCAUUUCCCUCAUUCCUUCCCCAACAUCUUGCACGACUGCACGCCCGGGCAGACGUAUCCCGCCACCGGGACUGCGUUGUCAAGGUGGAAAGGUUUCUUUCUACUGAAGAAAAAGCCUCAGAUUAUGGAACUCCUGAUGAUGGCAACACACCUGAUUACCGACCUACUAAUGCCUGUAUAAGAAAGAGUGAGACAAAGUUGCAGUAAAACCAUACCACGGCCACGUUGCUCAUGCAAACAAACAUGCACUACCAACUAGGGCACAAGCUGGUGUAGGAUGAAGUGGGACUAUCUCUUCCCUAAAAUAUUUCAGAGGUGAAUGAUCUACUAGCUUGGGACAAAGAUGAACGAAGCAGGACCAGAUUUUAUUGGCUACUACAAGCAAAGAAUUCAGGAUCUGUUUGUGCCGAAUGAACCCUCACUUCUCCUUCCUUCUGGACAUUGCCAGCCACGUGCUGAAAUUUCUCCUGGUGCAGUUGAAUUCAGUGACGUUGAAGGAUAUGUUAAUCAAAGUGUGGAAACUGAUGCUGAUUAUGACUCUGAUGUGUUGUCUUCUGAAUUGGGAGAAAACUUGUCUGAUUUUGAUAAGGAGAUGUUAAAGACAGUUCUUCAAGAAUGUGUCUUUGUCUUGAACAAAGAAGUGGAAGAGAUAGUGGAGAAUUUCGUUGAGUUGAUAUCGACCAGCCCAGAAUCGGACGAUAAUGCACCAGCAUCCCCUUUGCCUUUAGUGGAUAAUGAUAAUGAACCUGCUUAUAAAAAGGGCAGGGCUAUGCCACUGGCUGAUAACAUAUCAGUCAAGACAUCUGGUCAACAAUCACCCCAACAGUCUGAAGAAGCAACCAAAAGCCAGUCUGUCAAAUUCUCUGCAAAGCUGAAACAUAUGGAGCUGCAGCUUGAUGAGUUCCUUGAUGUUUUGGUAUCUAAAAGCAGGUCAAUGACACAUGUUGAGAAGGUAAAACUUAGGGGGCUCAUUGAAGAGCUGCCAGCGGAAGCUCUUGACCGUGUAGUUGAAAUCUUAGGCAAAAGAAAUCCGUCAGCCAGUAAAUGUAAUGAGAAGAUCCACAUUGAACUAGAUGGCGAGGAUCAUGUUACACUUUGGAGAUUAUACUAUUAUGCACGUGCAGUAUCAGUCGCCAGCAAAAUGUAGAUAUUUCAUGAUGCUUAGUCAGCUCGUAACCGUUUGCCAUCUUUCACAUGUAUAUGUUAAUUGUAGUUUUACCACGUCAAUCGUGUUUGUCUGUUUGUACAGUCCAAUAGAUCUGUUCUAACACUAACUUUUGCAUUCAUAUAUUUUAACAGAUCUUACAUCUUUACAGAAGA